UAUAUCUGGAAGACUGCAGGACUGUCUACUGAUAACUGAACAAAAAGCGUCCCGUUCGAAGUUUGUCGGUGACAUGAUACUCAAAUAAGGGACAAUCUCGUUUUAAAUGGAACAUAUAUGGUCACGUGGUCACAAGACUAGGCACACACGACAGACAAUGUAAUAUAUUAAUUGGUAACAUUUAACAAUAUCAUUUGGAAACCUAACCAUUUUACAUCAUCACUAAAAUCAUUAUAAGAAUCACUAAACAAAUAAGCAUGGCAAUUAAUUGGUAUACACAAAUACCAACACCGAGUGCACAAAACAAAUACAAUAUAAAUACAUCUCUUACAUCAUCAGCGAAUAGGUCACAGCUGAAGUUCAUUGGUCACAAGAAAAUCGUAGCAAUGGCCUGUAACCUUUAUCAAACUCUUAAAAGAGCUACAGAGGUUAGUUUCCCGGUCUGUCUGUCCAUGUAUGCCAUUCCAGUUUUUUACAGUUCACAUCAGUUAUAGAUUUUUUUUUUCUUUCAUAUUUUAUUUUUAUCACUCGAGUUUUUCUCAUAUUUUGACCAUAAAGUUCUUUUCACAUCAGCUACAGUUGAAGACAAGCCAAACAACAACUCAAUCAACACACUGAAACUAAAAUUCAACACUUGGUUCAUUCACUCUGUGGACUUUCAUCUCCUGAGUUCACCUCAAAGAAGAUACUCAAUACUUGCCCGCUGUGCACAGUACUCUCAUCCUUUGUUUACUGAAAAAUGGCUGACGAAAACGACUUACCUGAUGCGAUGGGCGCUCUGUCCGUCGACGAUAACCGCUGGAAAGAACUAGGACUGGAUGACAAUAUUCGGACACAGCUAAGAAAAAUUGAAAAUGAUUAUGAGAGCAUAUUCUCGUGGAACAUCAAACGAUUAACAGGAGCCAAUCAAAAUCUAAUGACAAACCUCGUUAAUAAUAUUCGAGGACGGCUAGAAAUUAUCACAGUUAUGGACGGCAAGGACGAUACAUUCAAAUUAACUAGAUUUUAUUCACAACUGGUAGUUUGUUAUGAACUUUACAAUAUCAAAAGUUAUAAAGAAUCAUAUUUGGAAAUUGAAAGCGUUGUUAAAUUUCUGGAGACUUGUAAAUUUAACGAGUCAAACCAACAGUACUCAGAUGCUUACCGCCAUAUUGGCCAGGCCACUUAUGCGUAUAUUGCAUUAACACUGAAAAUUGAUUCAGAAAAGUUAUUGAAGGAUAUCAAACAAAUCAAAGAAUUUAAUGAAGCUGAAAAAGCUGCGAUUUGUGCGGUUAAAGCCAAAAUUUUUAUGGAGUAUCCGCUAAAAGGAAAUUAUAUUGCUUUGAAAUUUGCUGAGCAAGCCUGUACCAGUUCUACUGAUCCCGAGUGGAUAAACAUUUGGUUAAAAGCCAAAGGACGAGUAAGACGUUAUUCCGAACCAUUUAAAAUUCCAGGGGAUGAUGAAAUAAAUGCUGCAAAAAUGUUAUGUUCAACAACAACUAAUCCUAAACAUUUAAUUAAAGUUUAUCAACUUUAUAAGGAAAUAGGAUCGGUUAAUAAAUUUAUCAACAACGAUAAAGAAUCAAUUAAAUUUUUUAAGCUUUCGUCCUAUACUGUUAAAAAAUCAAUUGAAUUGGCCAACGGUGAUAUAAAUCAACUAAAUAUACUUCUACAACAGACAUGUAUAGACUGCCCUUAUUUUUUUCCAAAAUUCAUUUUAAACAAUUUCAUUACAAAACUGGCAAGUAUUAAAAAUAGCCGCGUGGAUCAAAUUCUAGGCUUAUAUUAUUUAAAACAUGAAAAAGAUUAUGCUAAAGCAAAACUUCAUUUAUCUCAUGGAAUGGCAGCUGGUAAUUUUCAUAGUACAUUGCAGUUUAUAAAAGUUGAGUGCCUCCUACAACCAGUCAAUAAAUUUCCUUAUGUGCAGUUACUAAAUACGAUGUAUAAUGAUUUUCAAAAUCCAAAAAGAAGGCUUACUAUUUUAUUACAUAUAUUGAUGUAUUUCAAUUACUGUGAAAAAAAUCCAAAAGAAACGAUGCACUACCUUAAAUUGUACAUUGAUCAAGACAUCGAAGAUACAGUUAAAAAAUCUCAUUUAAUUUUUGCUCGUCCAUUGUUUGAUGUAGGCAGAUUUUUGAAACCAAACGAAUUUCUGAAUGAUCUAUCUGUGAAUGUAAAAGAACUAGUAUACAAUAAUAAGUGGGACGAAGAAGAAAAAAAUACGGUUGAAAACACAUUUGUUCGGUUCAAUAAAAUAUUACAAUUGAAUAUUCAAGACAAAAGUUUUUAUAAAACUGCUACUCAUAAAUAACAGAGAAUCAUGGAGAAAAUAGAGUUGAUAAAGUUGAUUUGUCAGAAAAUAAGUCCAACGAAAUUCAUCAACACCAAUCUGCUUCACAGAACAGUAAUCAGAACAAGUCUUUAGAAAAACAUGUUGCUCUAGACAUGGAAUCGUCAACAAAUUAACAUAGGGUUAUUAAUAAUAUUUUUAAAUUACAAUAAAUGGGUCUAAUAAAAGUCAUCAACGACAAUAAUUCGUUAUUCAAUAGGUAGGUACUUAUUAAACCUUGACAUUAAAAUUUGCAAGAAACUAAUAUUAUACAUUUUAAAUCAUUUUUUAUCGUUCAAUCUAAAAUUGUACAAUGGUUUCUAAGUACUACCUACUAUGUUUUUAUAUUAUAUAGUCAGUAAUCAGUAUAUUAGUUAUUCAAUCAACUAUACUUACGGUUUUUUUAUAUACUCGGCAAUAUUAAUCAUUAUAAUAUAUUAUGGACCAUGUAUCACCAUUUUAAGUUUAUAUAUUAUUUUUACGUUCAAUAUUUUGUAUACACUAUACAGUGUACAAGACUAUACAGCCACAACUUAAAUAAAAAGUUUUUAUGUUUAUAAUAAUUCAAUUUAGAUUUUUCUGAUUAUUUUAAAAAAGAAAUGUUGUUUUGACUAUUUUCAAAAAUGUUAAAUAUAAAGACAUGCAUUUUUAUUGAAAAAAUGUGAACGAUAACUAGAUGUCUCUAUUUUAAAUGUUGUAUUCUGAAACAGAAUAACGAGGAUUUGAAAAUUAUUUAAUGUGUAGAAUACUAGAAAAUGCUUAUUUAAUUAAUAUUUGAUGAAAAUGGUAAGUAUUUUAUGAAGAGGUCGUCAUAAAUAAAUAAUAAUAGUAGGUAGGUAUAAUAUAGUACCUACCUAUCUACCUAUUAUAAUCUAUUAUAGUUUAUGGACUAUAGCACGGAUUAAUAUUUACGUCAUUAUAUAGGUAUUUUCGUCUGUGGUCUAUAUACCGGGCAUGGACCAAUUGCGCCUAAAACAAAAUUUGUAUUUUAGGGUCAGUCUACCAAUUGCGCCUCUUAUAUUUUACGGUUAGUACACCAAUUGCGCUCUUUAUAUUUUACGGUCAAUAUACCAAUUGCGCUUGUAUUCAAAUUAACCUAGCGGCUACCUUCAGAUAUAAAAAUAUUGUUGUUCGAUCUAAGUCCAUCAACAUCAACAUAAAAACACCAAAAUUCUUAAAAAUUAAAAACGUUUUUAUUGAUCAAUAAUUGAUUACUGGUUAUAAUAUUAUAUUUUAUAACAGUAUCGGGAAUUUUAUCAAACGUCGUGUUAUUAUUAUUGUAAAAAUGUUUAAAUGUGAAUUA